CGAAAAGAACGCGGUGCUAUAUAGGACAGCAGGACUGUCUCGGUUGUGGUGGAAGCGGUCCUGUUUCAGUUCCUCUAGAUAUCCCAGUGUUUCCGUGCUGCGUGAACCUGCUGUGGGGAGUCUGAAUGAGGUCGUGGGAUGGAUGCACUUGUGUAGCGCACACUGGUGAAGUAAUAUUAUUAUAAUUGUUGGAAGGAUAGAUUUAUAUUCAUGGACAUCACUCGGGAUGCGUAAGCUGUGGGACUCGACAGCACCCUGUCAUGCGCGUUUUGGACCCUGGGUUCGGGGUGCCACGGAGUUCUCUCUCACCUGGCUUUGAAGCGCCGAGCUGCGCCUUUCCGGGAAUCCGCUAUGUUUUGAUCGGGACAGAAGGUGCGUUCUGUUCAUUUAUUUCCGCCACAGUUUUCUGACUCACUGACUCUGAGGCGAUGCCGGAUCCUCCUCUGUAUUACAUUGGGAUGGAGGUGAUGAUCGCUCUCGCCUCCGUCUUCGGGAAUGUGCUGGUGGUUUGGGCGGUGAAGAUCAGCCGCUCGUUGCGGGACACCACUUUUUACUUCGUAGUCAGCUUGGCUUUGGCAGACAUCGCAGUCGGGGCUCUGGCUAUUCCUCUGGCCAUUACGAUCAGCACCGGACUGAAGACGCACUUUUACAGCUGCCUGAUGGUCGCCUGCAUUAUGCUCGUUCUCACUCAGAGCUCCAUCCUCGCUCUCCUCGCCAUCGCUAUUGACCGCUACUUGAGGGUCAAGAUCCCGCUCAGCUACAAGCGAGUAGUGACACCAAACCGAGCUGGAACAGCGGUGAUCGUGUGCUGGCUGGUGGCUCUCAUCGUGGGCUUGACUCCUAUGUUUGGUUGGAACAACCAGGAGAACAUCACAAAAAACACCUCUAUAGACAACGUCACCUGUCUUUUUGAGAAUGUUAUCAGCAUGGAGUACAUGGUCUACUUCAACUUUUAUGGCUGGGUGCUGCCCCCACUCGUCCUCAUGCUUGUGAUCUACGUUGAGAUUUUCUAUAUGAUCCAGAAGCGGCUCAAUAUGAAGCUCAAUAACUUGACCAGCCAAGCUGAUCCCAGUCGUUAUUAUGGAAAAGAGCUCAAGCUGGCCAAAUCUCUCGCACUGGUGCUUUUACUGUUUGCUAUUAGCUGGUUACCCCUGCACAUCCUGAACUGCAUCACUCUGUUUUGCAAGGACUGUAAAAAUAAAAAUAACAGCUUUAUCUUUGUAGCUAUCUUGCUUAGUCAUGGCAACUCGGUUGUCAACCCGGUCAUUUAUGCCUUCCGUAUCAGGAAGUUCCGUUCUGCUUUCAUCAAGAUCUGGGAGCAGUACGUCUGCUGCAAGAAAGUGAACCAAUUCACCAGGAAAGCCACUCGACGAAGAGAAAAUUUGGAGAAGAUGCAACAAAUUUCUGAUGACAUUUGACUUAAACUGAACCUUGAACGUAACUGGGUGUGUUGAUUAUUUUAGUGAAAUAACUGCAUUAACAUUUAACAUCCUGGUUUGAGGUCCUGGGAUGUCUUGACUCAUAUUUCCUCCGAUGAAGACAUUCCAAUGAAGCAGCAUUGUGUCUGAAAGUGUGCCAGAAAUAUUCAUAUACAUAGUCAAUGGGGGGAAAAGUCCCAUGUACAGUGUCUUGCAAAAGUAUUCAUCCCCCUUGGUGUUUGUCCUGUUUUGUCGCAUUACAAGCUGGAAUUAAAAUGAAUUUUUGGGGGUUAGCACCAUUUGAUUUACACAACAUGCCUACCACUUUAAAGGUGCAAAUAGUUUUUUUAUUGCGACACAAACAAUAAUUAAGAUGAAAAAAAAAGAAAUCUGGAGUGUGCAUAGGUAUUCACCCCCCAAAGUCAAUACUUUGUAGAGCUGCCUUUUGCUAGAAUUACAGCUGCAAGUAUCUUGGGGUGUGUCUCUAUUAGCUUAGCACAUCUAGCCACUGGGAUUUUUGCCCAUUCCUCAAGGCAAAACCGCUCCAACUCCUUCAAGUUAGAUGGGUUGCGUUGGUGUACAGCAAUCUUCAAGUUAUGCCACAGAUUCUCAACUGGAUUGAAGUCUGGGCUUUGACUAAGCCAUUCCAAGAUAUUUAAAUGUUUCCCUUUAAACCACUCCAGUGUAGCUUUAGCAGUAUGUUUAGGGUCACGUUCACGUUCCUGCUGGAACAUGAAUCUUCGUCCCAGUCUCAAACCUCUGGCCGACUCAAACAGGUUUUCCUCCAGAAUUGCCCUGUGUUUAGUGCCAUCCAUCUUUCCUUCAGUCCUGACCAGCUUUCCUGUCCCUGCAGAUGAAGAACAUCUCCACAGCAUGAUGCUGCCACCAACAUGCUUCACUGUAGGAAUGGUGUUCUCAGGGUGUUGGGUUUGCGCCCCACAUGGCAUUUCCCAUGAUGGCCAAAAAGAUCAAUUUUAGUCUCAUUUGACCAGAGAAUCUUCUCCCAUGUAUUUAGGGAGUCUGCCACAAGCUGUUGGGCAAACUCCAAGCAUGUUUUCUUAUUUUUUUCUUUAAGCAAUGACUUUUUUUCUGGCCACUCUUCCAUAAAGACCCGGUCUGUGGAGUGUACGGCUUAAAGUGGUCCUAUGGACAGAUACUCCCAUCUCCGCUGUGGAUCUUUGCAGCUCCUUCAGUGUUAUCUUUGGCGUCUUUGUUGCAUCUCUGAUUAAUGCCCUCCUUGCCCGGUCUGUGAGUUUUGGUGGGCGGCCUUCUCUUGUCAGGUUUAUCAUGGUGCCAUAUUCUUUCCAUUUUACUAUAAUGAAUUUAAUGGUGCUCCCUGGGAUAUUCAAAGUUUGGGAUAUUUUUUAGAACCCAACCCUGAUCUAUACUUCUUCACAACUUUGUGUCUGACCUGUUUGGAGGCUCCUUGGUUUUCAUGUUGCUUGCUUAGUACUGUUGCAGAGUCAGGGUCCUUCCAGAACAGGUUGAUUUAUACAGAGAUCAUGUGACACUUUGAUUGCACACAGGUGGAUCUUAAUCGAUGUGACUUAUGAAGUGAAUUGGUUGUACCAGCUCUUAUUUAGGGGUUUCAUACGAAAGGGGGUGAAUACCUACGGUAUGCACACUCCAGAUUUCUGUUUUUACAUCUUAAUUAUUGUUUGUGUCACACUAAAAAAAUGAUUUGC